AUGAAAGUUGUGGUAUCUGAGGCAGUGACUGACCUUCUAGGAAACAAAGUGGAAGUUCAAGAUCAAUCUUUUGCAGUGCACAUGCUAGAACAAGCAAAUGCCCUUCAAGCAAGGAAUCCUAAUAAUGAUCAUUACUCAAACACGAUUUCAAAUACAACAAAGGCAAUUCCAGCAAGCUCCCCAAUGAGUGCAAGAGAUCAAAUGGGAGAAUUGCAAGACAGGUUCAAGAAUUUCAUGGGGCAACAGAUGCAAACCAAUCAGAAUCUUCAAAAUGCAGUGAACAAGCUAGAAGUGCAAGUUGGGCAGAUUGCAUCCUCCUUGAGCAAAAGAGCAUCCGAAACAUUUCCAAGCCAAACGAAGGUGAAUCCAAGGCAUCAAAAGCAUGCUAAAGCAGUACACAUCUUGAGAAGUGGUAAACAAGUUGAUAAUAAGGUUGGAGAUGCCAAUGAAGAGCAAGAAGAAAGAGAAAACGUGGAGAUCAUUCAACCACCACAGGGGCAGCCCACAGCUUCCAACAAACAGUCCCUCAAUCUUUUUGGAAAGAGCACAAACCCUAAGGUAUCAUCUAAUGCUAAUCAAGUUCCAAUUUCAACUAAUGCUUUUAGGCCUAUUGCAUCUUUUCCCAGCAAGUUAUCAAAGUCAAAGAAAGAUCAAGGCUUGGAUGAGAUAAUGGAAACAUUCAAAAAGGUGCAAAUCAACAUCCCAUUGCUCAAUGCCAUUGCCCAGAUUCCAAAGUCUGCAAAUUUUUUGAAGGAUCUAUGCACUAACAAGAGGAGAUUCAAAGAGCAUGAACAAGUUACAUUGACUGAAAAAGUAAGUGCAGUGUUACAAAGAAAGCUACCUCUAAAGCUAAAGGAUCCAGGUUUGUUUUCUAUAUCUUGCAUAGUUGAUGAUUUUAAGUUUCAAAAAGCUUUGCUUGAUCUUGGUGCUUCUAUAAACCUUGUGUCAUAUCAUGUUUAUGAGAAACUUAACCUUGGUGAGUUGCAAUCCACAUCUGUGAGCAUUCAAUUGGCAGAUAGAAUUAUUAGGUACCCUAAGGGCAUUCUAGAAGAUGUUUUGGUGAAAGUGGAAGAGCUAAUUUUGCCAGCAAAUUUCUUGGUGUUGGAAAUGGAAGAAGCACCAAUUCAUGACAAUCAGUUACCACUCAUUCUAGGUCAGCCAUUCAUGGCAACUGCCGGUGCUAUUAUUGAUAUGAAGAAGGCUACAUUGACCAUGAACGUGUUUGAUGAGACAAUAGCAUUCAAAGUGUUUGAAACCUCCAAGUUUCCAAGUGAUGAGCAUGAAGUUUUCCAGCUUGAUGCAAUUGAUACUAUGGUGAAAGAAGCACUGCCAAUGAGUUAUUUGGAGCCCAUUGAAGCAUGCAUCACACAAAGCAUAAGGAAAGAAAAAGUGGACAGCUUAGAGGCUGUGAUCUCUCAUUUACUUCUUGAGCUUGUUUGCAGCAUGGAUAGCUACAUAGAAGUUGGAAAGAGGUAUGCAAAUCAAUUUGAAUCAUUACCCCCACCUACUAAUAAGGUUUUACCAUCUAUUGUGCAGGCACCAGAGUUAGAAUUAAAGCAAUUGCCAAAACACCUUAAAUAUGCUUAUUUAGUGCAAGUUGUCCCCAAGAAGUUAGGUAUCACAGUGGUGAAGAGUGAAGCAAACAAGCUUGUACCUACACGGGUGACUACGAGCUGGAAAGUUUGCAUUGAUUAUAGGAAACUCAACACAGCAACAAGCAAGGAUCACUUCCCUCUUCCAUUCGUUGAUCAGAUGCUUGAUAGAUUGGCUAGUCAUAGCCACUAUUGCUUCCUUGAUGGAUAUUCAGGCUACAACCAAAUCGCCAUAGCCCCAGAAGAUCAAGAGAAGACUACAUUCACAUCCACUUUUCAAAAGUGCAUGAUGAGCAUUUUCUCCGACAUGGUAGAAAGGUUAAUUGAGGUAUUCAUGGAUGACUUCUUUGUCUUUGGUGAUUCUUUUGAUCAAUGCUUGCAUAACUUAUCCAAGGUGUUGGCUAGAUGUGAACAGACUAACCUUGUGCUUAAUUGGGAAAAAUGUCAUUUUAUGGUUAACCAAUGCAUAGUUCUUGGUCAUGUCAUCUCUAGUAAAGGAAUCGAGGUAGAUAAAGCUAAGAUUAAUUUCAUUGCCUCCAUGCCCUCACCUACUUCUGUCAAAGAAGUACGUUUUUUCCUUGGCCAUGCAAGUUUCUAUAGGCAUUUCAUUAAGGAAUUUUCUAAGAUUGCGAGGCCUUUGUGCAAUCUCCUUGCCAAGGACAUGGAUUUUGUCUUUGAUCAAAACUGUGAGAAUGCUUUCAAUGCUUUGAAGAAGAUGCUCACAACUGCCCCAAUCAUUAUACCACCGGAUUGGAGCUUGCCUUUUGAAUUGAUGUGUGACGCCUCUGAUUAUGCCGUUGGAGCUGUUUUGGGACAACGAGUUGAUAAGAAGCCACAUGCCAUCUACUAUGCUAGUAGAACCCUCAACGAUGCCCAACUCAACUAUUCCACCACAGAGAAGGAGUUAUUAGAUGUCAUAUUUGCUUUAGAGAAGUUCAUAUCAUAUUUUAUUACUAACAAGGUUAUUGUUUACACUGAUCAUGCAGCAUUAAAAUACUUGUUAGCCAAGAAGGAUGCCAAGCCACGACUCAUUAGAUGGAUUCUCUUGUUGCAAGAGUUUGACUUGGAGAUAAAAGAUAAUAAAGGAAGUGAGAAUGUUGUGGCUGAUCAUUUGAGUAGAUUGGUGCAUGUAUCUAACGAAGAGGAGGAUUCAUUGCCAUUACGUGAAAGCUUCCCUGAUGAGCAACUUUUCUCAAUUUGUGCUUUGAAUUCUCUCAAUCCAUUGCCUUGGUUUGCUGAUAUUGUUAAUUAUUUGUGCACUAAUAAACUCCCUACAGGGUUAUCUACGUUCCAACGUGACAAGCUUAGGAAGCAAGCAAGAUACUACUUUUGGGAUGAUCCAUAUUUAUUCAAGCAUUGCCCAGACCAAGUAAUUCGAAGGUGUGUGCCUGAAGGUGAUUUUAAGAGCAUUUUGGAGUUUUGUCACUCCCAUGCAUGUGGAGGACAUUUUGGAGCAAAGAAGACUGCCAACAAAGUGCUACAAUCAGUUGCUAUCGAUUAUGUUUCUAAAUGGGAGGAAGCCAUUGCCACUAGAACUAAUGAUGCUAAGGUUGUGAUUGGUUUACUCAAAGGAAAUAUUUUUACAAGGUUUGGCACACCUAGAGCAAUCAUUAGUGAUGGUGGCUCCCACUUUGUUAACCAAGCUUUUGCAGCACUCUUGAAGAAAUAUGGAUCAAGCAUAAGGUGGCAACACUCUAUCAUCCUUAAACUAACAGUGAACACAACAAGGAAGGAUUGGUCCAUGCGUUUGGAUGAUGCAUUGUGGGCUUAUAGGAUUGCUUAUAAGACCCCUAUAGUGGAGCUUGAGCACAAGGCUUAUUGGGCAAUCAAGGCCUUCAAUUUUGAUAUGAAAGCUACCGGUGAGAAGAUGAGGCUUCAACUUAAUGAGUUGGAGGAGUUGCAACAUGAAGCAUAUGAGAACGCUAAACUUUACAAGGAGAAAACAAAGCAAUAUCAUGACAAGAAAAUUCUUAAGAAGACAUUUGAGAAAAGGCAGAAGGUUCUCCUAUUCAAUUCACGCCUUAAGCUCUUUCCAGGUAAGCUUCGUUCUCGGUGGAUUGACCCUUUUGUUAUUACUAAUGCGUUUGAUCAUGGCGAAGUGGAGAUUCAAAAUAUUAAGGAUGGUAGCACCUUCAAGGUGAACGGACAUCGGUUGAAACCUAACUUUGAUACCAAUAUUGAGUCUCAAGCACUCAAGGAGCCUCCACCACUCUCUUGA